GAGCUCGGCGGGGACAGAGAACGGCGGAACGGCGCAACCCCGGAACGGAGCGCACGGCUCCGCCCGAGCCCGGCCCCGCUCCGCGAGCACCUUCCUGCGCCGGGACCGCUUCUCCCUCCCGGCCAUGCUGCGGCCCCGACCCUUGUGCAUCUUGCUGCUGCUGCUGCACGGCGGUCGGACCGCGUCCCCCACCCCGCACAACGCCCACAACGGCACGGAGGCCCCGCGGGCGGCGGAAGGGAACGGGACGCGGGAGGGUGCGGGGCUGCUGCCCACCUCGGGGCUGCCGGUGCUGCGGCGCACGGUGUACGUGGUCAGCGCUCUGUCCGUGCUGGCCGCGCUCUACUUUUUGCUGAGGACGUUCCGCUCCCGGCCGGAGGGACGCAAGCGCGAGCUCAGCGCCGGUUUCAAGUGGAAGAAACCGCAGCGGAAGAAGUACGGGCUGCUGCCCAGCCACGACGAGCGCCUGGAGAUGGCCUCGCUCGACAGCGACGAGGACACCGUGUUCGAGACGCAGAACCUGAGGCGGUGAGCGGCGUGCCAUCCUCCAGGGCUGCUCCCCGUGGAGAUGAUUUGGGACCAGCGGUGCGACCGCGCGGAGCGACCGAGGGGCGCAGCUCCUCCGCUGGAAAUCGCCGGCGCUCGAGUUUUAUUUUUCUUAGAACGGCUUCUCGUGACUCUUAACUAACGGCACGAACUCUUUGGUAGCUGGGGAGGGGCGAGGGGACCAACGCUGUUUCCUUCACGCGUCUUUUUGGGGAGAGCUGGAGCUGCGGAGGACGCUGCGCCGAGCGCUGCCAGCUGCACGGGGGGGGGGGGGGAAUGCUCGGGAAGAUGCGCUGGAAAUGACAGCGGGAUGAACACUCAGCGUCUGGCAUCGAGUGCUGCAGGACUGUGCCCGCUGCCCGGGCAGGGAUUUCGGGUGUCCCUCCCUCUGGCCGUGGCAGCAGCCCGGCUCAGCUCUUCCUUCUGCCAUGUCCGUUCCUUUCCCUGGAGAGCUGCACCCGGUGGCGGAGCCGGGGCGGCGGCGGCGUUGCCUUGGGUCACAUGGAAGAGUUUGGGGAGAGAGCGGCGGGGUUAGCAGCGAGCGGGUGACGGCACAAAUCCUGGCGCGGGUUUACGAAACAAAGCUCUGUUUGCAAACGAA